UCUCCAGUCAUUAUGAAUAGUGCAGGAAGCUGUGACAGCAUGAUCAGCAUCAACUCCGGCUACAGUGACGACAGUAUGGAGCACCUCUCUCCUGAGGAACGGGCAUGCCUUAUGUUCCUGGAGGAGACCAUCGAGUCUCUGGAGGUAGAGGACGACAGCGGCCUGUCGAAUGAUGAACCAGAGCGGCCACCUCUGCCCAGCAAAACGACACACCUCGGCUCCAGUAACCAAACUGAGCUCCUGGACCACGAUGAUCCCAACAGAAUCCUGAGGAAAGACCAUAAACUCAAAAAUCUGCUUGUGCCAACUCCACUAGUUAUUGCUAAUGGCAACGCCAACCUUGUGAAAAAGCCAGCUCUUCUGGCCAGUAAACCUAAUUCUCCUGCAUUAAAAUCCUUCCAUUCUACAAAUUUCCUCACUAGUGGACCUCCUAGAUCUCCUUCAAGUCCUGGUGCACCUCCAAAGUCACCUUCAAGUCCUGCUGUACCUCCAAAGUCCUUAUCAAGUCCUGGUGUACCUCCAAGGUCUCCUUCAGGUCCUGGCAUAUCUCCAAGGUCCCAAUCAAGUCCUGGUGUACCUCCAAGGUCUCCUUUAAGUUAUGACAUAUCUCCAAGGUCCCAAUCAAGUCCUGGUGUACCUCCAAGGUCUCCUUUAAGUUAUGACAUAUCUCCAAGGUCCCAAUCAAGUCCUGGUGUACCUCCAAGGUCUCCUUUAAGUUAUGACAUAUCUCCAAGGUCCUCUUCAAUGUCUAAAACACCUGAAUCAAAUGGUGAGCUUGCUGAUUUGCCACCUUCUUUUAUUCCAAGGCCUCCCAUAAAAUCUGGCUUUUCCAAUGGCGCGAAUGUUAAAGAAAGUCCUUCAACAAGCUAUCAGGAUCCCAAUCUGGACCAAAGGCACGAAAGUUCUUCAUCUCAAAUGGUAAUGAAACUGCUUCCUCCUCCUUCCGACUUCAUGGAUGAGCCAGGAAUUAAUUCUAAAGUAAGCCCUCUGCCAACAGAACCAAGUCAACCUCAAGCCUCAAGUCAACUUCAACCCCAUUUCCAGAAACAGUCGCCUCCACAAGGUAUAAAAGUUCCCCAUCGCUCAAGUUUUGGUAUGCAUGAGGUUGAUGGUUCUAUAAGCCCAACAACUUCAUCCCCCAGAGGAAUGUUGACCCCCAGCACACUAGAAAACUUGCGCAAAAAAGCCUCGAUGAAAGGAGUCCCUGACAGAGUACCAGUACCUGUAGUGGUACCUCCAGCCCAAACGGUGCCUAACCAAGCAGGUUUUCUUACGUCUGGUCAGGAUAUACGUUCAGCACAUACUGUGGACUCUGGUGAACCUAAAAGCCCACCAGCUGUGGCACCCAAACCCAAGAAACUACCUUCUAGCAUUGUCUUAAAAAACCACAAAGAUUCUGCACCUGGUCAUUCGCUUGUUUCACCUGGUGAUCGUGUGAUAAUGAACCCACAGAAGGUUCACACAGAAGCUUUAAAGAAACUGGGCUUGCUAAAGAGUGAUGUACCAGACUCCGUCCCUGGCCUCAGUCCACCACACAGGGUCUCUCCUCGAGCGUCCUUUAAUGCAAGUACUCAUGCUGCACCCCCUUCUGUACAAGAGUCUUUUCCUGCAGUGCUGACAGAGUCACCUCCGCCCAUACACCCUAAAAGAGGAUCAAGGGAAAGUCUGUUGAUUGCAAAGUCACCAAGUCAAAAACCUUUUGAGAUGAAAUCAGCCACACUGGAGAGACCACGCACAGAUCCAAAAAGCCUCACGCUUGAGCGCUCUAACCCUUCCCGGGAAAGAAGUCAGCAUGCAACAAGCAACAUGGAGUUGUUGCCCGGAGAGUUGAGGAAAAAUCGAUCUGCCUCUGCGGGUAGCAGGAAAGACUUUGGUAUUGACCAGUUGCCUUCUAAUUUAAACCGAGAACCAGAGAUCAGGACAUCUCGGAACUCGUUACUCGCUCAUCCACCUGUACAGCUGAGCACGGAAUCACAGAGGUCUUUACGGUCACAUGGCAUCAGCGUGGUCAUCUCUCCCCAAAACAAGCAGGCCCUAAAGAAACUGGGACUGAUGAAAAAUUAAGGAUGUUUAGAUGGUUUACUGGCCCAUUGUGCUUCUUAUGACAGAAAUGCUGAUCCAAGAUCAGUCCUUGACAUUACCUAGUAAUCCGGCUGGAUUGGGGCACUUUUACUUCAAGAUGUAAAUACAAAUUGGUCUCUAAUAUAAAGUGUAUUGGACAUUCUUGUAUGACAAAAGUUGCUGGGGACUUUUUAAUAUUAUUUUUAGGUGCUGUAGGAACUUGCUUGACUGGUGGACCUUGAACAAAUGGUGACUUAACAAGUGAGCUGGCUGACUUGCCACCUUUCAGAUCUGGCUUUUUAGCUUCUUCCUUCUCCUUUAGCCCUUAGACCUGGAUGAGCAAGCACUUACUUUCACGCUACAUCCUCAGCCAGCUAAAUAGACUUCAGAUAUGGCCACUUUUCAAACCGCUGCCAACAAGGACACCUGAACACACUUGGAGGAUAAAGCCUACUUACUCUACAUUCAGACCGGCAGCAAAGCAACACAUGAAAGCAACCGGCUGUCAUUUAUUUUUAAUUACAGGUGCCGAUUUCCAGUGACAAGAAGCAGUGUGAACAUUGGUGACACGGAGUGGGAACAAUGUGGCGAUGAUCAAUAGGAAUUGAGCAUUGUGCAGAGCGGUACACACUUCAUCUCCACUGUUGUGAAAUGUUAUAUUACAUUUUUGGUUCCUAGAUGAUAGUUCCAACUAGAGAUGGAAGAGAAACGUAUGGUCACAGUGUCGAACUUCCACCAAUAGAUGCAGCGAUUGCAAAGACCAGACACAGUUUUCUUUUUAUGUUGACUGCACAGACAGUGAUGGACUAUUUAGAGAUUAAAUUAAUAGACAAUCAGUUUUCCUCCAGGAUUUUUUAGCAGGAACACGUCUGAUUUGUGAUAAAAACUGGGUGGGAAGGAAUCUGAUUUGUAUCUGGUUUUAGGUAAUAUUGUUUUUUUUUCCUAUACGCUCUGUAAAUAGCCAGUAAAGUACGCUGCACUGUGUCAUGGCACUUUUUUCUUUCCUUGGCAUCAGAUAAACUUGGGCAACUAAACACGUACAGGCGAAGAUGCCUGUGUAAACACAAUCACUGCCAGCGUGACUGUAGGGUAACUACCUAGUAGUUUCUACUACUGUAUGGAAGUUACUACUUAAAGACCAGACGUGGCACCUUUCAAACCGUUCCUUGUGUAACGCCAUGCGCCAUCUGAGCAUGCUCUGAUUAGGGUGUUAACUUCUUUUCUUCAUUUUUAUGAGCCUAUAUAUCAAUCCUUAUGGAAAGAAAUGCAAUCCUUCCCAGCCAAAGCUCACAGUCAGUUGUGGUGACCUGGAGUCCUAGCCAGAGAUGACUGGUAUUAUCAGGAUUUAAACCUUUGAUCUUUUGCAAAGAUCAAGCCCUACAUGGUGCACCACUUUACUGGAGCCUUGGAGAAAAUAAAACUGUGGCGAGUAUGUUGGCACGUUGGCUCAUUAUAAGUUUGUAAAUGUAUAUUUUUUAUGGAAAAAUGCAAUAUUAAGGGAGGUUUUAUAAUGAAUUGAUUGUAAAUAAAGGAGCUGCCAUAUGUUAAAAAAGUUUUAUUGUAAAUGACAUGAAGUGGAAGCUGCUUUGCAUAUUCAUGAACGAUACGCUUUGUUUACAUUAAAAUCUGCUGUCCUUCAACAAACCAUUGAAAUGCACCAAUUGUCAUUUUUCAGUUUGUUUUCUUUUUGCCCCACUUUAGGACAGUGUAGGUUCUAAUACCUUUACUUUGUAAUAAAAGUAUACUGUAGACUAAUUACAGGUGCACACUGGGGUUGAAGUUCAGCGAGGAGAUUUCCUAGCUUUGUCAUGCCUGCUAUGCCCGGAAAUGAUCAGAUAACAUGUCUCAGAUGACGUGUGAGCAGGGAAAUCACCGACCUGUGUUGAGUCGGGCCGGAUUUGUGCAGAUCAGCAUAUUGUUUGGAAAAAUUAUGAAUAGGUGAAUGUUUGUGUAAUUAGCAUUGUGUUUAAUAGAUGAUGGUGUGACAUAAAGGCAUGAGCUACAACUGAAAUCCAAAGUCUUUCAUAGAUCUAAAGGGACAAACACUAGAUGACCAAAAGUAUGUGGACAACGCUUCUGUUUAUUAAAUUCUAGUGUUUCAGCCA